AUGGGGUUGCCGUCCGCUGAAGCGCAGCAGGAGGUCGAGGAGGCGCUUUACGGCUUCGAGCCAGGGUUGAUUGCCUGUUGUGCGGCAGAGUUCCGGCAGAGUUACGGAGGCAGGCGCCAGGAUGGAUUACUCGAGGUUUACUUCAAAGGCUGGUGGAGGGAGGAUCCUACUUCUGUGCAGAAUUUCUCCAAGACAAGCAUGAAUCUAUCGAGUGAUGGGACGGCGGCGAUUUGUGGUAGCGUCAGCUUGAGUGUUGAUACGGUUGGUACAGAAUUAGGUGUGACAGUUUACCAGAGUCUCUUCGAGGGUGGUGUCAGGGUGGUCUUUGAGCCAGCGGCUCAUCCAAACACCCAUGCCUACCCGUUUGCGGACGUCGUUGCGAUCGUUGGCCGCGUCGAAAGUGACAAGGUCCUGCAUUUGGGUGACAUAAAUGAUUCAAGUCCCAUCAAUCUUGAUGAUUUAUUGCUGGUUAUAGUACUAGCUUGUUGCUUGGAUGCAAAUGAAGUCAAAUUGAGAAUAUUUGCGAACCGCAAUCUACGGUUUCGAAGCAGCUCCCUCUGCAAGCUUUACCAAGGGGACCGACGGCCUAUGGUUAAAUAG